AUGCGGAAACCAGAGUGCUGUCUCAAGUACUACCCAGCGAGUCCGGUGAAUAGUCAGCCAGUGCAGCAGAAUAUUCAAUCAUAUCCAAUAGCACUGAACCGGUUAGACAUACAGCCAAUUCAACAGAAUCAACCUCGUAUUCAACUGUCACAUUACACACAUAAUCAGCCAAUUAGGCCUAUACUACCGAAGCCACUGCAAUCGGAAAAUGCAAAUAAAACCCAAAGACUGCAGUCGACACCUAAACACAGUCCUGUUCCAAGAGACAAGCGUGCCCCCUCAACACGAAGUGUUGGCAAAAAUGUACAGAAAGAGGCGAAGGCUAGGCGCGAUGUCAGCAAACUCACUACAGGAGAUUUAGAGUAUGAGGUCCCAGAGAAAGGAGACACCAUUGUUCAUGGAUACGCCUGCCUAAACCCACCCAAUCAUUAUCUUCUAAAAGCUUUGCUAAAGCGGCUUAAACAGGAGCAUAUGAUCGACAUCAUCAAUAGAAAAAACAAGAAGAAUCAAACUGCAUUGUAUUGCGCUGUACGACUGGACUAUGACAAGGUUGUAAAAACUUUGAUCGAAUUCGGUGCUGACCCAAAUAUCAAAGCCCAGAAUGGCGAUGAGCAGUCUGCGGCCAUACACCAUGCGGCCAUGUCUGGGACUACAAAAACCCUUCUAGCACUUCUAGAAGCUGAUAAAAUCUUUAUAGAUUUAGACAAUGGUCUCGGACAAACAGCACUUCAUUGUGCCAUUAUAGCCCAAAAAGAAAAGGGCAUUCCUAGAAGGGAUGUAAUGGAAAAACUACUGCAAAAGGGAGCUAAUUAUCAAUCGCAGGACAAAUUUGGAAGGACCCCGCUUAUCUACUGUGUCCUUAAAAAACAAAUGGAUCUAUUGAAAAUUCUCCUUAACCACAUUGAACCAGACAGGCAAAUAGCAGCUAAAAAUAUGAAAGAUCAUUUUGACAAGUCAGCAAAAGACUAUGCCGAAGAAAUGAAAGACAGUGAUGAUAUGGAUUAUUCAAAUGUUUUAUUACAUAGUCCGAGGUGAUUCUUAGUAAAGUUUAGUAUGUUCAUGUAUUGAUGUGCAAUAAAGACUUGAUCAUUUCAA